GCAUCUCUUACUAGAGCAUCUCUACUCUCAGGCUUCUCUCUGAUUGCAACAAAAUGGCAGCGUCCAGCAGAAAAAGUAGCGUGAUGUAAAAUAUAUGAGAAAUUAUAUUUCUGUAAAAACAGGAUUAAUAAUACAUGCAAAAUGCUCGUUGGCGGUAGAAUUAUAUUUAGUUACACAAAUCGUGCUGUAACAAAAUGUAAAGUAAAUGUUUCUUUAAAUAAUCAAACUUCAUUGUUGGCAGCCAAUGUACACAAUGUAGUCGCCAGUAAGACUAUCCCUUUAUUGAAAGAAACAGUUUCACCAGUUAAUAGGUAUGUUUCUAGAACACACACAUGUGGUGAGCUAACACUUAAAAAUCUUGGAGAAGAAGUAAAUUUAAGUGGUUGGAUGGAAUUUAAAAGAAUGGAGAGAUUUAUAAUAUUACGAGAUUCUUAUGGUUCAACACAGUUACUCAUACCAGAAGAUAGGAACGAUUUGAUAAAGGCUAUGGAAGAUGUGCCUUAUGAAAGUGUUUUAAGAGUAGCAGGCAAGGUUGUAUCAAGACCUGAAAGUCAAAAAAACAAAAAAAUAAAAACUGGUGACAUAGAAAUACAUGUAGAAUCGUUGGAAAUUUUAAAUUUGGCAUCUUGUAAUCUACCAAUACUUAUCAGAAAUCAUAAUAAAGCAACAGAGGUCCAGCAAAUGAAAUACAGGUAUCUUUCACUGAGAUAUCCUGAAUUACAGAGGAAUUUAAGGAUGCGCUCUCAACUUAUAAUGAAGAUGAGAGAAUUUUUAAUCAAUGAAUGCAGUUUUGUGGAUAUUGAGACUCCAACACUUUUCAAACAUACUCCAGGGGGUGCUCAAGAAUUCAUAGUACCUACGAGACAACCAAAUAAGUUCUAUUCGUUGGUGCAGAGUCCUCAACAGUUCAAGCAGCUCCUCAUGGUGGGUAGUUUCGACAGAUAUUUCCAAGUUGCUCGGUGUUACAGAGAUGAAACUGCUAGACACGACAGACAGCCGGAGUUUACACAGUUAGAUAUUGAAAUGUCGUUUGUUGAUCGAGAAGGAGUGAUAAACUUGAUCGAGAAUUUGCUGGUAUAUUCAUGGCCGGAGGAGUUAGAUUCUAUAGAAAUACCUUUCCAGCAUAUGACAUACAAAGAUGCAGUGGAAUUAUAUGGUACUGAUAAACCAGAUUUGAGAAUACCAUAUCAGAUACAAGAUCUCACACAUUUGGUUGAUCCAAUAAUACUGAAGAAAGAGACUAUGAAACUACAAGAUGGUGAGCAGAAGAUGUAUGCGUUAAUUUUUUCGAAUAAAUCGAAAGGACUGACAAGAUCUGUUAGAGAUGAGCUCUCGAAAAUCCGUGAUAAGUACUUUACCACUACAAGGUUUGUUGCAUUGAAAAUUGAAAACAAUUCAUGGAGAACUCAACUGGAAAAGUUAUUUUCUAGAAGUAUAACAGAAAAUAUAGAACAGUUCUGCAAAUUGCAAGAAGGAGAUGCAGUAUUAUUAGCAAUUGGACAUCAUAUUGACGCGUUGGAACUUUUAGGGAAGCUACGUGUCGAAUUCACGAAUUUAUUAGAAGCAAAAGGCGAACAAAUACGCUCGUCUAAAACUGAAUUCUUAUGGAUCACGGACUUUUCUUUGUUCACAUUCAAGGAAAAGUUAGAAUCGACACAUCAUCCGUUUACGCAACCUCAUCCGGACGACAUCGAAUAUCUUGCAAGCGACCCUUUAAAAGUCCGAGGAUUGCAUUAUGAUCUAAUUAUGAACGGAUCGGAAAUCGCGGGUGGUUCCAUACGAAUCCAUGAUGCAAAUCUACAACGUAAAAUAUUAAAGUUAUUGGAUAUAGAUGAAACGACGUUGUCGCACAUGCUCGAGGCUCUUACAUCCGGAGCUCCACCUCAUGGUGGGAUAGCUUUAGGAUUGGAUCGUCUGGUUUGCAUGCUCUGCAACGCAAAAAGCAUAAAGAAUGUCAUAGCUUUUCCAAAAUCGACAGAGGGACUAGAUCUCAUGGCCGAAGCACCGGGUAUCAUUUCAGACGACUUAAAGACAUUGUAUAACAUACAAACUGUAAACAAACACAGUGCUGCAAAGUAAGGUGAUUUUUAUACAAUUACCAAGUACAGCAAAGCGAUUUUGAAUCGAGUGAUUGCAUUUCGUAUCUUUGUGUAUAAGGUAAUUUAAUUUCUUUUCGCAAAUUAACUUGCAUAUUACACAUUGGUAAGUGCAUAGUAAACAUUGGGAGAAUGUAAUUGUGAGUGGACUAAAUAGAAAGACGAGAUAUAGAUGUACAAAAAAAGUGUUUUAUUGUUUCGAGUAAACUCUCGUGCGUUCAAUCGAAAUUGUUCUACAGAAAAAUAAAAAAUACAAUUUUGCUUGCGCACUAAGCUAUCGAGAAGACAUCCACUUUUCAAGAAGGAUCUCAAAAAAGGCGCCCACCUUUUUUUGUACACUCCUUGAGGAUUUUUUGUUAAGUGAAACCGUCAACCUAACAAAUCUCUUAACAAAUACGCUGAUAUGUUGUGACUAUCAACUGUCGGCGGACGAAAAUUCAUUACAUCGUUCACUUUUUUUUCUUUUAAUUAUAUGUAUACUUAUCCAAUUUAAAUUUAAGUCCGAUUGGAUGUACUUAUCAAAUUUAUUGCUGCAAUUCUAAACAGAAUCGUAAGGCUCGUUCGUAAGACUCGUAAGAACUUAUGAAUAGACCUGCAAUUCUAUGCGUAUCGUAUGUCAUCCGAUCACUUGUAAAUAUCUACGAUUUCUUGUAAAUCGGCUAAUAGGUUAAGAUGCAUAUGAAGCUACAAACCCGUUAGAGCGCUUAAAGAUAGAUUCUUAUUGGUUUAAAUACGAUGCAUAGAACUAUUUUCCAGCAUUAAGUGAACUUUACCCAAAAGUCACUAAUCAUAACUAUGGACAUGUAAAGAUGAACGGUACAGAUGUUGGUAUAGAAUUGCGGUUUACAUAAAACUAUAACUUCGCUUCUUACGAUUAUUUUGCAUGUUACGACUUUACGAUUUAUUCGUAAAUUUGCUUAGAAUUGCAGCAUAAAACAGCCCAUUAAAUCGGAACGUUAUUCAUAUUUAUCCGUUAACAAAAUGUGAUUGAUGUCGCGUUCAAAUCUGCUGGUGAAAAUGAUGAAAAACUCGUCAGUUAUCGACAGAAUAAUGUAAUUACAAUAAAAAGUCUGUUCAAUCGCUCUUGCGAUUCGUAUCACAAAAACAAAUCGUGGAUUAACAGUACGCGCUAGUCUUUCGAAACGAUAACGAAGAUAUUCCGACAGAAGCGUCAUUUUCCUCAUGUAGUCAUCGUCGAGUGCAUACAAGUCGUGAUUUUCGCACGGCCGAAGCAGCAUGUCGGAUCGAGUUGUCGGGCAAUUCUGAUUAUUCCUGUUAUCUUACAAAUUAGGUGUACAGAGUGUGAUUCACAGUAGAUCACAAAACUCUCUUUGCCAGUGACGGAACAAAAGUUACUCGAUGUCCUUCAACUUCACAUACGCUUUCAGCAGACAAAAAUAUACAUACACCGUUUCCAUUAUGUUAUACUGUGUGCGGAUUAUUCGUAUCGCUCCGAUUACAACGCGACGUUUCUAUGUCAUCCGUAUGUUUCUAGCAAAAAUUGCGACCGAUUUGACCUCGAUGAGUUCGCUCCCCGACAUUGCACGCGACGAGAUAUACGGGAGAAGAAACGGCGUCGCAUCCUCGCGUAACUCGCGCGGACAUUGCGAUUGUUGUCGCGUUAUGCACACAUCGUAACGUGGAACUCAACGAAAUCAAUAACUGUGUCAAUUUUUGGUUUCUAGUAUGCUAGAGCGCAUGCAAUUACAGCAAUCUUGGCGCAAGGCCCCGUAAUU